GCACGCCCCACCACCAACCCUUCGGGUCCCCGGCACUUGACCAGCUUGCAGCCUCCGCCACACGCUCGACCUCGAAAGCGCCCGUGCCCAUGCCCCUGCCCCGUAGGGGUGGGGAACCGCGCCUAGCCGGAGCCCGUGUGGUCCGCACUACCCUCCCGCGGGCGACGCCCCGCUCCCCAAAGCGUGUCGGCCGCGGGGCUCCACUGUUGAGCCAUGCGCAACGCCUCACCCGGCGGCGCCAUUCCUCCGAGCAGGUCCCACCGGAGCCCGAGCAGGCCGACUUCCGCUCCGGGAAGUGGCUCCAAGAGCGCGCCGGAGGGGACGCCAGGGACCCGCGGCACACGCCACUUGCCAGAAUGGGCUCCCGGCAAAGGGGCAGUGGUACAGAAGAAGUAGUGAUCCCUUGCGCUUCUGACAGUGACUCAGGAAGUGUAGAUCUACAGCUGAGCAACUUAGACGACAUUCAAAAAGGUGGACCUAAUGUUGAAUUCACAGAUUCGGACAUCUCUGACAUCCCUAUACUCCCUCAAGAGUCCCUACCAGAUAAUCUCAGAUCGCUAACUCUCCGGGAGCCCCUCAGUGAGGCCAGUAUUGAGAGGCUGGCCCAGUCCAUCCAGGAAGUCUUACAUGGUGAGCUAAAGGAUGAAUCUCAAAAGUUGAAGUUCCUAAGAUCUUUGUCUUCUUUGAGCCAAACUAUACCUUACGACGAAAGCACGGAAUCAUUUAUUCACCGGCACACAGCAGAAAUAGUGCACCUUCUAAGUGUGCUGGUUCAGGAGGAGCCUCUGCACUCUCUAACCAGCCUGGUGCGCCAGGAGAUCUUUGUCACCAUCACUGACCUCAGUUACCAAGAUGUGUGCCUGUUGUUUGGUUCUGAAGAUCGAGAGGACUUGUUUGAGCUUAUCACCAAAAGUAUAAUCUCUCUGCCCAACAUGAGCACCCCUAUCGAGCUGCCGACGACCAUGUCCAACCAGGCCACGGAGCAAGAGAGCCUCUACAGGGAGACGUUCCAGGCCUUCUCUGUGAUGCUGCAGAGUCUGGUAGUAAAAGACCCACAUCUGGAAUUCUUUGACAACAUUUUUAAGCACAUAGACCCCUGGUUACAGUCCAACAAAGACCAUGAGCGGGAACGGGCUACCACUGUCAUGGCCCAAGUCCUCAAAUGCUUAUCCAGCUAUCUCAAUCUGAAGCUUCCACUACAGUUCCAGAGGCUCGGGCAUCUCGUGGCUGUGAUGGCGCUGCUGUGUGGGGACCCACAGAAAGGGGUGGCUGAGGAGGCUGCAGAGGGGACUCACUACCUGCUUCAUAUCACUCUGAGACUGAAGUAUAUCAUGCAGGACAGAGACAAAGGCAGGAGCUUGAAAGAAACUUUGAAAAGAUGCAGGGAGCUGCUGGAGCGGUAUAGCCUCAAAGAGUUCUACUGCUGUCCCUUCAAGAUUGUCCAGGUCUUUGAAGUUUUCCUUGACUCUCAGGAGCUUGGACAGUUUAUCAUGACUGUAUUGGACAGUCUGAAAAGUCUGCCUCAUCCCUGCAUCCAGCAGACAGCAGGAGAGUUGCUGAUAACUUUGGUGAAAUUCGCAGAGGCUCGGUUUGAGAAGGUGCCAGAAAUAAUAGGCGUCAUCUGUGCCCGGUUAUCGAUAAUCACCCUGAAUAGUGUCCGGCAACAAAUCAUAAGUACUGUGAGUUUGUUUGUCUCCAGACCCAAGUACACAGAUACAGUGCUCAGCCACCUUCUAUGUCAUCCAGUACCGUAUGACAGGCAUCUGGCUGAAUUGUGGAGAACCCUGGAGGUAGAGCUGUCCAACACGACCUGGGUCCUUUGGAGGCUCCUGAGGAAGCUGCAGAAGUGCCAUGAGGGGCCCAGCCAGGAGAAGAUGGCCUAUGUGGCUGUUGCUGUAACAGAUGCCCUUUAUGAGGUGCUUAUGGGAAACAAACUUCGAGCAGCUGCAUUCCGACUCUUUCCUCAGCUUUUGAUGACACUGCUCAUCCAGAUUCACCACAGCAUCGGCCUCACCAUGUCUGAUGUCAGCAUCCCAAGCGGCCUGUAUGCAGAGCAGGAAAUACCAACGGAGGUUACACCUUUGUGCUUUGCCAUCCAAGCUACAAAGACCCUCCUCCUCAGAACCUUGUGCUGGCAGGAAUUCAACGUCAUGGAGAAGAGCGGUGGAUGGACCCUUCUGAAGGGAGAAGGCCAUCUGCAGGGAGUGUCCCUCCUGGCCAAUGCCUUGAUGGAAAGAAGUCGCCUCUUUGCCUAUAAGAUCAUGUACUUGUUGGUCCCUUUGAUCAACCGAGGGAAUGACAAACAUAAACUCACAUCUGCAGGCUUCUUUGUGGAGCUCCUGAAGAGUCCUAUAGCCAGGAGAUUGCCCAGGGUGUAUUCCACUGUCCGCCUGAAAACCUGGCUGAAUGAGGAGAGUAAGCUCUUCAGGAUCCUUGCACUCACAGGACUGCGCAAUCUUACCAGACACCGGGAAAUGAGAGAAGACAUCAAAAGCCUCCUGCCAUGCAUCUUAAAUAGCCUACAUGAAACCGAUGAGAGGAUCAUUUUGUUGGCCAUCCAGAUACUCCUGCAGCUGGUCAGGAUGCUAGACUCCACCUCCUUGGCUACCAUGAUGAAGACCCUGCUUUCCUUCUUUGGUGAUGUGAGACAGGAUGUUCACUGUUUCUCCAUGACUCUUUUUGGAGCAUCUCUAAAGGCUGUGAAACACACAGAGAAGAAGAGUGUGGAAGAUCAGGUGCUGGAAAGCUUAGUCCCACUACUUCUGUUUUCUCAGGAUGAAAAUGAUGAAAUAGCUAAGGAGAGUAGACGAGUCCUAAGUCUUUGUGCCCGGUUCCUGAAUUGGAAGCUGCCCCGGGAAGUAUACUGCAAAGAUCCCUUAUACAUCAAACCGAAUGAAGUUAGAAGGGUCUGCAAAUUCUUUGGAGAAAAAAGCAAGGGGAAAAUAGACAUCCUAGACCAAACACUAACCUACUCCAAGGAUCCAAAGCUUCCCAUCAGAAGAGCAGCUGUCUUGUUUGUAGGGCUCUUAUCACAUUAUGUGGAUACCAGUGAACUUAAGAGGAAAGGUACUGACUGGAUAGAGAAUGAUCUGAGAGAACUGUUACAAGACCCUGAGCCCUCUUUGCGCAUCAUCGCCUCCCAGGCUUUGUUCCGAAUCCAGAGGGUGGGGAGUACAUCAGAAGCAGAGAUAAACGUUUCCUGGUUGAGGAAGCUCUUCUUGGGCUGUCUUCAUACUUAGACUGCAAAGCACAUGACAGCAGAUGGAGAAGCUAAGAAAACAAACAUGAAAGUGAUUUGCUCUGGGUCACACAACUAGUAAACGGCAAAGCCAGAACUACCCAAGUGUUCUGGAUCCUACACUCACAUCCUUGGCUAGUCUGCUGUAUUCUUCUCCAAUCUGCUUGUUCUUGCAAAUGGGAAUAAACACAGAUCUGCUCUACAGUU